AUGGGCGCCGAGGCAGGGGAAACACCGCACGGGAGCCGCCAGGGGGCGCCCUCGGGACGCAGAGGCGACGGGAGGGGCGCUCUGUUCGACCACGCCCCCUCCCCUGCACCACGCCCACUGCAGCGAUUAACUCCGCCCAUUGCCAUAAUGCCACGCCUACCGCCGCGGUUGGCCCCGCCCCCGUUUGCCGCUCGCCGCUCGUCGCCCGCCGCCACCGGCCGCGUCGAGCCGCCAGCUGCCCGCACCCAUGCCGGUCCCAGCCCCGGCCGGCCUCCUGCGCCUCGCCGCCGCCGUGUUGGUGCUGGUCACGGGCGUGCAGGCGGGCGGAGGAACCGCGCCGACAGGUCCGCGGAGAGAAGAAGAGGGCGGUCUGGGCGGGAUGGAUGCGGGAGGCGCGGGGAUGUCCGCGGCUCGUUCUGCGGGAACCGGAGUCGGGCAGCAAGGUGCUUGACCCGCCGCUUCUCUCCCCGCGGCUCUUCUCGGUUCGCCCUAACUGCUCCCGACCCCCCCGUCCGCCUCCGGUUCCCCCCGAUUCUCCCGAGUGCUCCCGGCUCCCCGCGGCUCCUCCCGUUCCCCUCGUAUUUCCCCGCGGUUUUCCCGGUUUCCCCGAGUGCCUUCAAGUCCCACCGGUUCCUCCGGCUGCCCUCGUUACCGGAUCCAACUGGAAUUUGGGUACUUGACCUCACCAGUUACCGGAUCCAGAUGGAAUCUGGGUACCUGAUCCCCCCAGGCUCCCUUGGGAGUUCAGCCUCCAGCCAAAGAGAGCCUGCUCCACCGCCCUCCAGCAGCGACAUCGUCCAUCCCAUCAAGGUUGACGAGAGCGGAUCCUUCCUGUCCUACGACUUGUCCCACCGAGCCCUUCACCGGAGGUCUCCUUCCUCCAGGAGCAAGCUCCUUGCCUUCUAUCAGCUGCAUUACAAAGGCCAACCCCUGAAAUUCAACCUGAGCCUCAACAGCCACCUCCUGGCCCCUGGCUUCGUCAGCGAGAGGCGCUUCGGGGGCAUCGCCAGCGCCAAGAUCCGCACGCACGCCCACAACUCCUGCCACAUGAUCGGGGAGGUCCACAGCCAGGUGCAGGCAGGAGGUCUGGCUGCUCUCAGCACCUGUGAUGGGCUGAAAGGUGUGUUUCAGCUCAUGGAUGAGGACUAUUUCAUUGAACCAGUGUCCACCAGCUUCCAAGAGCAUGGAGCACCACAGCCCCAUAGGAUCUACAAGCGCCAGGCUCCUGAGCAUGGAGCAGAGCAAGGCAGGAGGCCACCAGCUCCAGGGGAAGCCUGUGGUGUGCAAGAAUCUCAGGAGGACCUGGAGAGGGCUGAGAAGCGGAGGGAGAGAUGGGAGCAGAAGCAGCACAGGAAGAGGAGAAUCAAGCAGCGCUCCAUCAGCAAGGAGAAGUGGGUGGAGACCCUGGUGGUGGCAGACACCAAGAUGCUCGAGUACCACGGCAGCCAGAACAUCGAGAAGUACGUGCUGACCGUCAUGAACAUGGUGGCAGGGCUGUUCCACCAUGCCAGCAUUGGCAACCCCAUCAACAUCGCCAUCGUGCGCCUCAUCCUGCUGGAGGACGAGGAGGAGGAUCUGAAAAUCUCCCACCACGCAGACAACACCUUGAAAAGCUUUUGCAAGUGGCAGAAGAGCAUCAAUGUUAAAGGAGACUCUCACCCUCUUCAUCACGAUGUCGCGGUCCUGCUCACCAGGAAGGACAUCUGUGCAGCCAUGAACAGACCCUGUGAGACCCUGGGCCUGUCCCAUGUGGCAGGGAUGUGUCAGCCCCACAGGAGCUGCAACAUCAACGAGGACACAGGACUGCCCCUGGCCUUCACUGUGGCCCAUGAGCUCGGACACAGUUUUGGGAUUCAGCAUGAUGGAAGCAGCAAUGACUGUGAGCCAGUUGGGAAAAGACCUUUCAUCAUGUCUCCACAGCUCCUGUAUGACACGUCCCCACUCACCUGGUCCCGCUGCAGCCGCGAGUACAUCACACGAUUCCUUGACCGGGGCUGGGGGCUCUGCCUGGAUGACCCCCCUGCCCGGGAGGUGCUGGACUACCCCUUGGUGCCCCCGGGUGUCCUCUACGACGUGGGCCACCAGUGCCGGCUGCAGUAUGGACCCUACUCCACCUUCUGCGAUGACAUGGAUAGCGUCUGCAACACGCUGUGGUGCACGGUGGGGAACACCUGCCACUCCAAGCUGGACGCCGCUGUUGAUGGCACAGCGUGUGGGGACAACAAGUGGUGCUUCAACGGCGAGUGCGUGCCGGUGGGCUACCGUCCCCAGGCCAUCGACGGCGGCUGGAGCCCCUGGAGCUCCUGGGCUCGCUGCUCGCGGAGCUGCGGCGCCGGCGUGCAGAGCGCCGAGAGGCAGUGCAGCAGCCCCACGCCCAAGUACGGGGGCAGGUACUGCCUGGGGGAGCGGAAGCGGUUCCGGAUCUGCAACGUCAAGCCCUGCCCCCCCGACAAGCCCUCCUUCCGCCAGGUCCAGUGCAGCCACUUCAACCCCAUGCUCUACAAAGGGAAGCUCUACAAGUGGACACCAGUACCCAACAACAUUAACCCCUGCGAGCUGCACUGCCGGCCAGAGGAUGAGUACUUCGCGGAGAAGCUGCGGGACGCCGUCAUCGACGGGACCCCCUGCUACGAGAUGAACGCCAGCCGGGACGUCUGCAUCAAUGGCAUCUGCAAGAACGUGGGCUGUGACUACGAGAUCGACUCCAACGCGGUGGAGGACCGGUGUGGCGUCUGCCAUGGGGAUGGUUCCACCUGCCACACCGUCAAGAAGACCUUUGAGGACAGCGAGGGGCUGGGUUAUGUGGACAUUGGGAUUAUCCCAGUGGGAGCCCGGGAGAUCCGGAUCGAAGAGGUUGCAGAAGCUGGGAAUUUCCUGGCGCUGCGGAGCGAGGACCCGGAGAAGUAUUUCCUGAAUGGUGGCUGGACCAUCCAGUGGAACGGGGACUACAGGGUGGCAGGGACCACCUUCACCUACAAGAGGACGGGGAACUGGGAGAACCUCACCUCCCCAGGGCCCACCAUAGAGCCUGUGUGGAUCCAGCUGCUGUUCCAGGAGACCAACCCGGGUGUGCGGUACCAGUACACCAUCCAGCGCCCAGCCGACAGCCAGAACGAGAUCCAGCAGGCGGAGUUCCUCUGGCGCUUCGGCUCCUGGACCACCUGCACGGCCACCUGCGGCACUGGGGUGCAGCGGCAGGUGGUGCACUGCGUGGAGAAGCUGGCUGGCAUCGUGGAGGAGCGCUACUGUGAUGCCCUCACCCGCCCUGAUGACAAGCAGAGGACCUGCAGCGAGGAGCCCUGCCCAGCCAGGUGGUGGGUCGGAGAGUGGCAGAAGUGCUCGGCCAGCUGCGGCGGGUCGGGGCUGCUGAGGAGGACAGUGCUCUGCAUCCAGAGCGUGGGGCUGGAUGAGCAGAGGGCCCUGCAGCAUGCUGACUGCCAGCACCUCCCCAAGCCAGAGGCCACCGCUCCCUGUCAUCCAGAGGUCCCCUGUCCCUCCCAGUGGGCAGCAGGGAACUGGUCUGAGUGCUCUACCACGUGUGGGAAUGGGACACAGAGGCGCCCUGUCUACUGCAGCAACAGCACCGGAGCCGCCUGUGACCCUGCAGAGAGACCCAGCAUGGAAACCAUCUGCUCCUUGCCACCGUGCCAGGAGCAGCUGGACAGUGCCAAUGUGGACUGGUCUGGCAGUGGCUCCUCCAGCAGAGAGAUCUUUAAUGAAAUCCAUUACAUCCCCAGCAACCACAUGGCCAAGUUUAACCCCUUAAUCCCAACCAUUCCAGAGUCCAAUGAUGUCAAUGUCAUCCCCGAGGAGGACUUCUCAACCAGGAAGGGAAAUGUCUUUGUGGAUGAUUUUUACUACGACUACAACUUUAUCAACUUCCAUGAGGAUCUCUCUUACUAUCCCUUCACAGAGAAAGAGACCAAAGGUGAGGGCCAGAAGCCAGAGCUGAGCACCAAUGAUGUGGAAAGGUCCCAUGAGGUGCCUGCUGAUGUCAAGCCAAGUGGAGAAGCAAGUGAGGACCAUCUGGUGACAAGCCAAGCAAAUGCUUCUGCUCCUGUGCCCAGCAAGGGAGAGACAGAGCCUGGGGGAUUAGCCAUGAAUGACCUCCUGAGUGUGGUCCAUGAGGAUGUGGGGACAGCUGCUCCCAGAUACACCAUCUCUGACCUCAUGGGUGAGGAGGACACAACUUUUGUGCCCCACUCUGAGCACCACCCAUCCACCCAGAGCACCACAAGUCAUGACUCUGCUAACAGCCACGACCACCCACCCCUGGAGGAACCCCGUGCAGCUGUGCCAACAAGGACAGGUCCUGAGCAGGAUGGUCCAGGCCAUGACCUUGUUCCCUGGGCUCCUUACCCAGCUGGUCUCUCCCCACCACUGCUGACUGGUGGGGGCAGCUCUGGCACAGCUACAUCUGCCACACAGCCGGGGAGCAGCGGUGAGGAGCGUGUGAGCGUGGAGGGAGCAGGUGACACCAGCAGUGAGGAGCAGGAGGGGACCAGCUCUGUGGGGAGAGGCCAUGAAGACUCAAGGGAAAUGGGGCUUGUCAUCCCUGGUGCUGUCCCCAAGACCACCGAGCAGGAAGGGUGGGCAGAGAUGCUGGAGAGGACAGUGGGCACGCAGGGAAUGCGGGUGGCCGAUGAGCGAGCCCGAGGGACACACAGGGCAGAUCUGUCCUUCCCCACCACACAGCCACCAGGAUGGGAGAUGGGCACACACCCUGCUGCAAGUCCCUAUCCCAUGGGUGCUGAUGGGAGCCCCAUGGGGCACCAGUCACAGCUCCACACCACCACAUCCCUGACCUCGACUCCCUUGGUGGCCACCACAGCGUUUCCAGCAGCAAUGUCCUUGUCCCCUGCCAUGGCUGGACCUGCCACCCAGCUCAGCUCCAGUGGUCUCACCCAGCAAGGUGCCCGGGUGCCAGCCACGCCCACAGCUCCAGCUCACAGCCCUCCUGUUUACCCAGUGGGAGAAUCACCCUCUGAGUCCCCCUCAACAUGGUGGACCCUGGGGGUGUCCCACCACCCAGAGCUGGUGUCACCCCGUGAAGAGGAGACAUCCCCUGGAGCCCUGCCCAGCAGUACCAUACCAGCAGACUACUCACUGUGGGCAGCUCCACAGACUUUUUCUUUCAGUGAUGGGGAGCAUGAGGUACUCCAGCCCAUCCCUGUCCCACCACCGCUCUGGGAGGAGGAAGACAUGGAGAAGGAGGAGGCUUUGCUUCUGCCAUUGACCACCAUGGCAGCCACUGCAAUGCCCAGCUGGGAGGUCGGGAACUGGAGUGAGUGCUCAGCUACCUGCGGCGUGGGCGCGAUCUGGAGGACCGUGCGCUGCAGCAGCGGCAGCGACGAUGGCUGUGCCGUGGCCAACAAACCUGUGCCAGCCCGGAGGUGUUCCCUGAGACCCUGCUCCUCGUGGCGUGUGGGCAACUGGAGUAAGUGCUCCAGGAGCUGCGGCAGGGGGGUGAAGGUUCGGGAUGUGCAUUGUGUUGACACCAGAGACCAGAGGCUCCUACGACCCUUCCACUGCCAGGCAGUCCUCUACAAGCCACCAGAGCAACUCCCCUGCCAGCGCACACCAUGCCUGGACUGGUACACAUCCUCCUGGAGAGAGUGCUCGGAGGCGUGCGGCGGAGGCGAGCAGGAGCGGUUGGUGACCUGCCCGCAGCUGGGGCGCUGCGAGGAGACCUCGAGACCCAACACCACCCGGCCCUGCAACACACACCCCUGCACCACCUGGCUGGUGGGCUCCUGGGGAGAGUGCACGGCUCCCUGUGGUGGGGGCAUCCAGCGGCGCCAGGUCAAGUGCAUCAACACCAAGACAGGGCUGGCCGAGGAGGACAGCAGCCUCUGUGACCACGAGCCCUGGCCUGAGAGCACCCAGAAGUGCAACCCACAGGACUGUGAGAGCUCUGAGUCAGGCUUCGUCUGCGAGCGUGACCGCUUGACCUUCGCCUUCUGCCAGACCCUGCGUGUCCUGGGCAGAUGCCACCUCCCCACGGUCCACCUGCAGUGCUGCCAAAGCUGUCGGCAGCACGGGCACGGCGCCGCUCCCGACCGCGACCGCGGGGACGAGCGGGCGUCCAGGAGGUGA